AUAUGGCAGUGACAGAUUGUGGGGCAGCAGAAUGACACAAAACUCGUCCUUUUAGGCCCCCCACAGUCUCUCUUACUCGCUCCAAAGAAGCCAACUGGCCUCUUUCAGGUCUCUGAGUCAAUGGAUAAGCUGUAGAGAGAGCUGCAACGUUGCGGAUGGAUGAAAGGUGUCUCGAGACCACCGGGGCCUCGACCGGCUCCGGCGACGCUCUCCAUGGGCUUAAGUUUGGGCAAAAGAUCUACUUUGAGGAUGGCAGUGGCGGCGGUGGGAGUGGGAGUGGAAGCUCCUCCAAGCCGCCUCUGGCUCCGAUCAAGGAGGGCGCGGCGCCAUCGCCGCCGGGGAAGAAGGGGAAGGGGGUGGCGCAGGGGGGCCAGCAGCAACCGCCUAGGUGCCAGGUGGAAGGGUGCAAUGCCGAUCUGACGGGGGUUAAGGCUUACUAUUGUAGGCACAAAGUUUGUGGGAUGCAUUCGAAGGCACCCAAGGUGAUUGUUGCAGGCUUGGAGCAGAGGUUCUGUCAGCAGUGUAGCAGGUUUCAUCUAUUACCUGAAUUUGACCAAGGAAAGCGCAGUUGUCGUAGACGACUUGCUGGACACAAUGAACGUCGCAGGAAGCCGCCUCCUGGGACAUUUGCAUCAUGCUAUGGCCGGUUUGCAUCAUCCUUUCAUGAAGAACCUGGUAGAUUCAAAAGCUUUCUGGUGGACUUCAGUCACCCAAAGUUCUCAAGUAGUGCAAGAGAUGUUUGGCCAACUGCUAGUGCUGGUGAUCGGGUGGUUACCGAUGAAUGGCAUGGGGUCUUAGAUGCUCCAACCCAUGCGGCUCUCUUACAUGGUACGCAUCCCUGUUAUCAGGGUCCUCUGGCAGGGAACUUCUGCUCCCCUGUGGAACUUCCACCUGGUGAAGUUCUUGCAGGGGUCUCUGACUCGAGCUGUGCUCUCUCUCUUCUGUCAACUCAUUCGUGGAGCAGCAACUCUGCCAGAAACCUUUCAGUAAACACAGCAAACAGCACUUUUGUUGUGCCCCCUCCAUCAACCCGUUCAGUCAUCCCUGGUAAUUCCACUACCACUUCGUGGGGGCUAAGAAGUCAUGGAGGCAGGACUAUCCCACAUGAAAUCCAACAUGAAAUGGGAUUAGCAGAAGAAACUGAGGCUAGUGAUGCUCAUUUUUCUCGUCAGGUAGGUUUUGCUCCGCAUGAAAAUGGGCAGUGCCUUGACCAUGGCUCAGGUUCGGUUCCCGGCAUGCAUUGGUCUCUCUAGACCUUAUGAUCAAUUGACUGUGAUGAAUCGAAACUUUGUGCAUGGUGAUUCUGUUUCCAAAAAUUUUAUGGAUCUUAAAUCUUUUGUCCAUCUAUAUGAAACCUAUGCUGCCAGGAAGCAUUAGUAAUGUUGUGAUGUCAUUUAGCUCA